AUAGCCAAGUUGCGGAAGUGCGCGCUCAGCAGAGGCUGGCAGCUUGAAAUGCAUUUACAUUAGGACCUUGCGCAGCCUACAGUACAUAUCGACCUGUAACAUGAUUUGUUGUUGGGGAUAUGAUAAUGAAAGAAUAUCUAUUCCACUGAACUGACACCGUUUCGAGUUCAGUAGCCUACCUGCGUUGUCCUGAGCGAGACCAAUCGUUAUUUUCAUGCGUCUGGAUUGGUCGGCUGGCGCGUUUACAGAGUUAUGGGUGCAUUACAGUCGUUACCUGAUGAACCCGAAUACAGAGAUCUCUCAGAAAAGACCGGCUUUUCCUUCGAGCAGAUUGGAAUCCUGCAUAAAAGAUUCAAGCAGUUGAGCCACAAUGAAGACACGCUGAGACGAGAUGACCUCAACACAAUUCCAGACCUGUCAUGCAACCCGAUCCGAACCCAAAUUAUAGAGGCCUUCUUUGACAAAAGAAACUUCCAUCAGAAUGGUGAGGGGACUGUCCAGGAGAUCAGCUUUGAGGAGUUCCUGGUGGUCAUGUCCCACUUCAGACCUCCAGCACUGGACAUGACAGAGGAACAGAGAGAGAUUAUCAGGAGGGAAAAACUCCGCUUCCUAUUUAACAUGCACGACACUGACAAUGAUGGAACAAUCACUCUGGAGGAGUACCGACAUGUAGUGGAGGAGCUGCUGUCUCGGAGUGGAGCCCUGGGGAAGGAAACGGCUAAAGGCAUAGCAGACGCUGCCAUGCUGGAGGUAGCCAGUAUCUCCAUGGGUCACAUGGAACCAGAUGAGUUUUAUGAGGGGAUCACUUUUGAACAUUUCCUAAAGAUACUGAAAGAUAUUGAGAUCGAGACAAGAAUGAACAUUCGCUUUUUGAAUAUGGACACGACGAACCUGUGCAAGUGAGGAUCUUCCACCUUUUUUAUUACUAUGCAGCACCAGCACUCUUUUAUGGUUUUUAUUUAGUGGCCAGUUAGGGCACACUUUAAGCAGUGACGUGCGGUUGGUGUCUGGGUAAGCACUGGCUGUUAUCAAAGCCAGAUUUACUCACAAAUAAACCUUCAUGAAGCCCAAGUUCACCAUACAACAGAUAGCUCCAACAACCAGAGUGACACAGGCUAUUAACCAAAAUUGAUAACAAUGUUCACCAAAAUGUGACCAACCGGCUCGAUUCGGUCUUAUGUAAUCAACAUUUUAAAUGGUGUUUUUUACAUUGGAUUAAAGUAGAGCUCAGAGAUCUAGAAAAUGUUAUAUCAUACACUACAGUUGAGGAACAAUGGGAAAGUAAUUCUGCUUAGAAAGUUGAUAAACUUAUAACCCCACUUUUGAGAAAAUGUCCCUUGAAUGUUUUGGUACACCUACUGGAGAGCUCAUUUUUGUCUACACCAAUUCAGAAUCGUUCACACCCUCUUAACCUCUUGAUUCUAGCCAUCCCGGAUCCGGGAUCGUGAAUACAGCCUCAAGCUCAUUACCAUAACGCAACGUUAACUAUUCAUGAAAAUCGCAAAUGAAAUUAAAU